CACCAGUCGUCAGAGCUCAGUCUGUUGAAAGUGGCCAUUUUUUUGAGCCAUGCCCCUGACUCAGCCCAAACCCAGCUGAGCCCACUGAGAGGAGCACACCUUCAAGUCAGCGGGCCUCGUCAGCUGGCCACACGUUCUGGGACUGUAGGACACUGCAGACUGAUCUGCUGCUCCUGGGACAGAGGGAGUCGGGUGGAACCGAGCAUCCAAAAGGAAGGAGGCGGCAGUCUGAGAGACAGAGAGGAGAUGAUUCCUGAGUUCAGUGGCUCAGUGAAGACACAAUUUAAGUCACCCAUCAAACUGUAACUGCAGCAGACAAACUCAUACCACAGAUAGCAAAAAAAAAAAAAAAAAAAAAAGGCAGACUUGGUGAAAACACCAGCAGCCAUCCAUCCAGCUAGCCAGGGCGCCAGCAGCAAUGCAGGGGGUAAUGUGGAGCUUGUGUGUCCUGCUGUGCCUCUGGGAGCACAGCUACUGCAGGAGCUCAAGAGAAUCACGGAGGACCAAAGAGUUUCCUCUCCACCGGACCAAACGAGCUUCCCAGGAUCCUGAUGUCAAAAAGUGCUCCUACACAUUUCUGGUGCCCGACGAGAAGAUCACAGGCCCUAUCUGUGCCAGUACCACAGGCCCUGAGCCGGACAAGGACCGAGUGACUCGCAUGGAUAUUGCAGAUGUGCGGGAAGUGUUGAACAAGCAACGACGUGAGAUUGAGACGUUACAGCUUGUGGUGGACGUGGAUGGCAACAUGGUGAAUGAGAUGAAGCUGCUGAGGAAGGAAAGCAGGAACAUGAACUCCAGGGUGACCCAGCUCUACAUGCAGCUGCUGCACGAAAUUAUUAGGAAGAGGGACAACUCUCUCGAGUUGGCCCAGUUGGAAAACCGUGUCCUCAAUGUGACCUCCGAGAUGCUCCGGCUUGCCUCCAGGUACAAGGAGCUGGAAGCUCGGUUUGCCACCAUGGCUGGGGUGGUCAACAACCAGUCCAUUCUCAUCACCGCCUUAGAAGAGCAAUGUUUGAGGACACUGGGACGCAGUGAGCUUCCAGUGGUGCCACCACUGGUACAGGUGGUACCAGAGAAUAUACCAGUUAACAACCGUUUUACGAAUGAGAUACAAAGACACCAUAGUAACCGGGCUUUUCCACGUGGGUCUCGCAUGGAUUCCCCCACCCCAAGCCCAUUUGGAAUCAACCCGCCACCUCCACCGCAGGGAACCCUCACCUCAGAUGGUCCGUUCAAGGACUGCUACCAAGUGCGGCAAGCUGGCCACAGCACCAGUGGGAUGUACCUUCUGAAGGCAGAUGGCAGUGAGCGGCUGAUCCAAGCCUGGUGUGAACAUGGCCUGGACAAUGGAGGGUGGACUGUAUUGCAAAGGAGGAAAGAUGGCUCCAUUAAUUUCUUCAGAAACUGGGAGAACUACAAGAAAGGCUUUGGGAACAUUGACAGCGAGCAUUGGCUUGGCCUAGAAAACAUCUAUAACCUAGGGAAACAGGGUGACUACAAACUGAUGGUGGAGCUGGAGGACUGGACAGGGAAGAAGGUAUAUGCUGAGUACAGCAGCUUCCACCUGGAGUCAGAGAGCGAGGGUUAUCGCCUGAGGCUGGGCACCUACCAAGGCAAUGCUGGGGACUCCCUCAGCAGCCACAAUGGCAAACAGUUCACUACCCUGGAUCGGGACAAGGAUGCCUUCUCAGGCAACUGUGCCCACUUUCACAAAGGUGGCUGGUGGUACAACACCUGCGGCCAAACCAACCUGAAUGGGGUGUGGUACAGUGGUGGGGUCUACCGCAGCAAAUUCCAGGACGGAAUCUUCUGGGCAGAGUAUGGCGGAGGCUUCUACUCACUCAAAUCCGUCCAAAUGAUGAUUCGACCGAUCGACUGAGUUCUAGGACUGUGGCUCCACAUGAAGAGACUUUUGACCUUUUCCCAUCUCGUUUGUCCAGCCUAAUCACUGCCUACCUAUAAAUUCAUAAUGUAAUGGCAGGACCAAAGUAUCUUGCCAUUCUUUACCAGUGCUUUGUGAGAUGGGGAGGACAAGGGACAGAAUGUGCUGUAACUCCAUGGCCAGACAACAAUGACUCCAGCAUGUGGUGCAGUUGUCAGCACUAACGUUGACUGAAGUGCUGCGAUCAAAAAGGACCCCCCCCCCCCCAUUACCAACCUUCACCCAUAACUGUCCUCCACCUUUCAGGCUGGGCAGUAAUAACUCAUCUAGCUCUCUGGGAUCAUACAGUGUUAUUCUCGAGGGUCCUUUUCUACCCACCAUUAUUGAAACUCAAUAUUUAAUAAAGGGAAAUGGUCAUUUGCUAAGGACAUGAUUUCUAUUUUCUUCUGAGCAGCUAAUGGAGGCGACUCAUUGUAAAUGGUGAUGCCCAGACCAGUUGUUAUUGGAUGUACUGGAUGUUUUAUCUUACUUGCAUCAAACAUGAUAGAAUCUCAAUCUGUGUCUUGCCAGUUAGAACAACCUGACAGUCAAAAGGAUAAAAAGACAGGCCUUGCUACGCUUGCUGUCUUGUACUGUAAAACUACUUUGGGUUUUGAGCUUGUGAUAUGGGGGUUCCCACAACCUUCGAGGGGAAGAAACUAGUGCAACCAUGUGCUUGUCCAACGUGGGUAUGGCUGAGCUGGCUUAGGUAUGUAAAUAUCUUACGCUUUAUUUGUAAGAGUUAAUUUAAGAGGUGUGAUUCUACUCAGGCCAAAUAUUUCCCCUUUUUGUUUCCUUACCAUCCCACCCCUCUGUUAUUUAUCAAUGUAUUUAUAUUGAGUAUAGUCACGGCCAUGUUUUACUUAGCCCUGUUAUGAGUUUUUUUGUUCUUUAAAUCCUAUUAACAGAUACAAUUAUAUGCACAGCCACAAAAAUGCACACAAACACACACAGUCUCUCUCUCUCUCACACGCGCACACAAAAACAAUCAAAAAUGUGGACGCAUGUCUGAUUGACAGGAGGUUGAAGUACCUGAGACAUGCAUUGCCAUACAGUUUCCUUUGAAACCCCAAUUAAACCCUUUUCUAAAUACCAAGUCUCGGCCUCUCAUUAAGCUUCAAAUUUUAACUCUAAUUCAACACUUCCAAAUGAAAAUAUCCCAAAUGAGGUAUUCAAUAUUUGAAAAAUAUAAUA